AUGGACAACCGCGACGCAGAGGCAUUCCUCAAGCCAGUCUCUAAGGCUGAAGUCCCAGACUACUAUGAUGUCAUAACCAAUCCCAUGGACUUGCAGACCAUGCUCAAGAAGGUCAAGCAGAAGCAAUACAAGUCCAAGAAGGAAUUCAAAGACGAUUUGGAUCUGAUAUGGUCAAAUUGUUUCACCUAUAAUGCCACGGAGGUGAAGAACCACCCUCUACGCAUGUGCGCAAAGCGGCUUAAGGUAAAGGCCGAACGGCUACUCAAGAAUAUAACGGAUUGGAAGGAACGCGCCGAUCCUGUCAUACCGGCCGACAUCGCUUCGGGUGGGACGCGUCUGAGACCCAAUGGCGUAGCGUUGAACGGGCACAAACGGUUUCAUUCACCUGUGGCCGUGAAGUCACCGAGCCCUGGAAAGGCCAUUCCAAUAGCCGCGGGAAGCAAGAAGGCCCGUGGUGACAUACCGUUCGAGGAGCGCCCUGCCGUUGUUCGGACGGCCGACGGUAUGGCGGCUUUCAUGCAGCUGGACCGCGAGCUGACCGGUCAAAUGCCCCCGUGGCAUGCAACGCAAGAAUUCAACCGCCAAAUGACGACCUUAGCAGACAGGCUAAGCGAAUACGCCAUUACGUCCACCGACGAUAGUGACGGCAGUGAUCCGCGAGCGGGUGAAGUAAGCCUAAGCACAAUCGACGGUGAGGUCGGCUCCAAGCGCAAGCUCAACGGAUUUGUUGAUGGGAGACCUCGCAAACGAGCACGGACACAUUCACCUGAAGACAAAGAUACGGUAGAACUUUGGUGGGAUGCUGUACAGUCAGAAGAGUUGUUUGGGAAUGGCCUGCCCAUCAUCACACACGCGUCAUCCGAACCGAUCUCAAACUUAUCACCGCCUUUCAGUAUCACAGACCCCCCGCGAGAAGCAACUGUACGACGCAAGAAGAAGCGGAAGACGAAGCCAUCUAGCAAUACCCUUCUGUAUCAUAUGAACAACAACAUUCGCACCUUGCGGCGGGUCCGCACCACACAUGCUAAAUUUGCUUCUCUGAAUCAGGCUAAUGAAGAAGCUGGAGGAUCUGUGCUACCCCCGCCCGAUCUUGCUCCGGAGGAGGUAGAAGAUGUCAUCGACGAGCGGCCAUGGCGUCCCAUGGGCUCGGGAAUUGAGAUUGGCGAGGAAAGCGCUGAUGACUGUCUCCAUUGGACGGGCAGCAAGAUCCUUGAGCAUGCCGGAUUUCAGGGAGCGUCUAAGGUCGCGCUGGACGUUCUAGCUGGAGUCACAUCGGAGUAUCUUCUCAAUGUCGGUAGGACGAUCCGGUUUUUGUGCGAUAAGUAUUCCAAGAAGAUGACACCUGAGGAAAUCAUUCUUCACACCCUGUUUGAGAGCGGCACGACGCGAAUCUACGAGCUCGAACGCUAUAUCAAAGAUGAAAUCCUUAGAUACGGUGGACGUCUAUCCGAGCUUGAGAAGAAGCUCGACACGGCAUAUCGCGAGGCGACGACUGAAGAGGCGUGGGAUGAUGAUGUGCUCUUCCAGAACGGGGAGGACGAGGAAGAUGGACAAUUUGUCAUGGGCAACUUUGCUGACUCGUUUGGCGAGGAUUUCCUUGGUCUCCGGGAGCUUGGUAUUGCUGCAGAAUUCGGCCUGUCGAGUCUCACAAUACCGAAGAAGUUACUCAAGGGCAAGGGAAAGCAGGGUCUUGCAGAAGGACCUUCUGCAUCCAAGCCCUCAGAGCCCCCACCGCCCUUUCCUCCACCACCUCCCUUCUUGCCGCUGAAUUACAAAGCAGUGGAACAUCAAAUCGGCCUACUCCAGCCAUACUACCAGCAUCGGCUUAUUUCCUUGUCUGCACCUCCUGUUCUUCCUAUCCCACCACCAGCUCCGCCUCUCUCGAGUGUUUCUCCAGAGUUCGCACCACCGCUGAUGCAUCCGCAAGCCUUCUCGUCUGCGGCCGCCGACCCAGAUACUCCGCCUCAUAUUUUGCCUGACGAUCCUCCUAGCCCCGCUCAUACGAAGAUGGGGCCGCUUGGCCAGAUUAUGAAGGGGGCUCCAUCAGCGGUCACGACGAAGAAGAAGUCGAAAGCUAAGGGCGCUGCGGCGCCUAUGGGCCUGAUGGCGGGACCUUCGGAGGGAGAAGCUGCUCAGGACUUCAUUGUUCCCAGCCCCGUGCCCCCUGCGGAGCCGCAAAGGAGGGGCAGGCCGCCCGGGACUACCAACAAGAAGAAGAGUGCGAAAGCGCCUGAUGCCCUGCCCACAUCGAUUGCUUGA